UUAUAAAUGCUAUUACGUGUUAUGUGUCAAGGCCAUUAUUAUAGAAGUGAAAUAAUAAUUUCUUUCUCUUUUAGGUAGACGAUGUUUGGUCUUGCAAACCUAUAAAACUUAUAGAAUAACGUUGUUGAAUUUAAAUUAAUAAUAGAUAUUGAAAAUAUAAAAACUAUUUUUCUGCCAGUUACGGCACUUUUUGGGUUAUGAUCACAGGUGUUAAAGAUUUAUUUAAUGUCUUUGUCCGUAGGACCUUUUGCAUAAACAGCUUUAUUAAUCAUGAGUGAAUUAUCUGAAGAUUACCUUCAGAAUUUGGUCAACAAAAUCGCAAAUGAAAUACAUUUGGAAAAUUUUAAUUUCGAUAAACAAUGUUUUCAAAGCAUUGGUCAAAAUUAUUUUGGUUUGCUUGUACCAUUGAGGUUAAACGGCGAGAUAUGUAAUAGAAACGUAAACAUAUCUGUGGUACUAAAAUUGGCGCCAACUGACGAAAGAUAUCGCGUCAGUGGAGCCAUAACUCUGAUGUUUUCGAGAGAAAUUUUUGUUUACACAAAACUUUUCAAAAAGUUUCUCGACUUAGUGAAUAAGCUCCAAUUCCCAUUUCAAUACGUAAUUCCUGAAUGCUAUUAUGUAUGUAGAGAUUAUUGCAACGAAGCCGUUGUAUUGGAAAAUAUAUGUGAAAAGAAAUAUAUGCCGUUCACUGGAAGUAUGUUCUUAAAUAAGGAACACAUCAACGUGGCACUGAGUUCUCUAGCAAAAUUUCACGCUAUGUCAUUUAUAUUGAAAAAUAACGAUAAAGACUUUUAUAAAGAAGCGGAAAGUGUUUGUGUGCCUUUGAACGAGAUUACAAAUAAACGCUUUAUAGAAAUAUUAUUGAACAGAUUAGACAAGGCGUUGAUUAUUUUUGAAAAUACAGAGUAUAAAGAUUUGAUACAGAGAACAAAAAACCAUUGCACUAGAUUGAUUAGGGCAGCCACCGCAUCGGUUGAAAGAGUUUGUCUGUGUCAUGGAGAUAUUUGGAAAGAGAAUGUGUUAUUUCAAUAUAAGGAUAAUAUUCCAAUUUCUGCUUGUAUUAUAGAUUAUCAAACUACCAGAAUAAGUAGUCCUGCAUUCGAUGUGCUCUACUUGAUAGUAACGAGCACUUCAAGUGAUCUGCGGAGGCAGUACCUGACCCAGUUUUUAGAUACGUAUUACGAAACAUUUGAACAUACGUUAACUAAAGCCAAUUUAAAUCCUCAUGAAGAAUAUUCCAGAAAUAUGUUCAACCACGACUUGGUUGUAGUUGGGCCAACUUGUUUUAUAAUCGCCAACACGGCCAUUUGGUUGGCCAGUGGCCUUCAAAACGUGGGACACGUAAAAAGUAAAAUUGUGUUGGAAACGGAAUCCGAGAUAUUUGAAGCUAAAGAAAAUUAUAAAAGCAUAAUAAAGGGAAUUAUCGACGAUUUGAGAUCGUCGGGAUUUUUAAACGUAACGGAUGAAUAAAGAAUUAAAAUAUGAAAGUGGAA